GAGCUGGCACUGAAGUCUUUGGGAAGGGAGGGGCUGUUUCUCUUUUCUUCUCUGGACACAAACAACGAUCUGUACCUCAGUCCAGAGGAGUUCAAGCCGAUAGCUGAGAAGCUGACAGGGGUUGCUCCCAUCUCAGAAUUUGAAGAGGAGGAGACGCCUGAUCCAAGCGGGGAGACGUUGGCCAUUGUGGCUAAAUUCCAGCCUCUGGUCAUGGAAACCAUGACGAAGAGCAAAGACGGUUUCUUGGGAAUUUCUCACGUCGCUCUGUCUGGGCUGAGGAAUUGGACUGCCCCAGCAGCCCCUAUGAGCAUGAUGCUUGCCAGACAGUUUAAAGCCUUUCUUCCUCCAAAAAAUAAACUGGAUCUUGGGGAUCCGUGGUGGAUAAUUCCUAGUGAAUUAAACAUCUUCACUGGGUAUCUUUCCAACAACAGAUUUUACCCUCCACCUCCCAAGGGCAAAGAGAUCAUAAUCCACAAGCUUUUGAGCAUGUUCCACCCACGCCCCUUUGUCAAAACCCGCUUUGCUCCCCAGGGAGCUGUGGCCUGCAUCCAAGCCAUCAGCACCUUCUACUACACCAUAGCGUUCCGAAUCCACGCUGAGUUCCAGCUGAAUGAGCCACCAGACUUCCCCUUCUGGUUUUCCCCAGGCCAGUUCACAGGUCACAUCAUCCUCUCCAAGGAUUCUUCCCAUGUCCGAGAGUUUAAGCUCUAUGUCCCUAACAACAGGUCUCUGAACGUUGAUAUGGAGUGGCUGUACGGUGCGAGCGAAAGCAGCAACAUGGAAGUGGAUAUUGGUUACCUGCCUCAGAUGGAGCUGGAAUCGACAGGGCCUUCAGUCCCCUCUGUGAUCCAUGACGAGAACGGAAAUGUGAUUGACAGCAGGGAUCCCUCAGGGGAGCCCAUUCAGUUUGUGUUCGAAGAGAUAAACUGGCAGCAGGAAAUCCCCUGGGAAGAGGCGGCCCAGAAGCUGGAAGUGGCCAUGUAUCCAUUUAAGAAGGUCUCCUAUCUUCCCUUCACACAAGCUUUUGAGAGAGCAAAAGAAGAAAAGAAGCUGGUGCACUCGAUCCUGCUGUGGGGUGCCCUGGAUGACCAGUCCUGCUGAGGUUCGGGGCGAACUCUCCGGGAGACCGUCCUGGAAAGUUCGCCCAUCCUCGAGAGCUUCAUCAGCAGCUGGUCACUGGUGAAGGAGCUGGAAGAGCUGCAGACCAACAGAGAGAAUGAGUUCUACAGCAAGCUGGCUGACCUGCACCUGGAGAAAUACAACUUCCCUGUGGAGAUGAUCAUCUGCCUCCCCAACGGCACGGUGGUUCAUCAUAUCAAUGCCAACUACUUCCUGGACAUUACUUCUAUGAAGCCUGAAGAUGUUGAAAGUAGCGUCUUUAGUUUCUCAACCAAUUUUGAAGACCCUUCUACUGCAACUUACCUCCAGUUCUUGAAAGAAGGACUGCAAAGAGCAAAACCAUACCUGCAAACCUAA